CUGACUCCAACUUUGUCGCGCGCACGUGCAAAUCUCCCGCGCACGCCCGACCUCGUGGACAUGUCGCUAUCUUUCCUUGUGGUUAUUGUGACGCUCACAUUGGUGCUCACGUCUGCUGUAGCAGCUGCUGAAGCCAGUCCCCUGUCCGAGUACACCACCUUUGCUGUGGCUGGCGACUUUGCCUUUCUGGCCAAUGACUCGACUGGCGUGGUGCCCGGGGCGUUUGGCGGUCUGAUUGGCUUUGAUCUGGAGACAUCUCGAUGGUCCACCAUUGGUGGAGGCUUUCCCUUUAUUGAUUGUGAUGGUACUCCAGUGGGCAACGAAGUCUUUGAUCUCAUCCCUGUUCAUUCGGGCGAUCUGGACGGGUUGGUCGUCUCGGAUCCAUCGCUUCUCGUCGCAGGCUACAUUGGCAACACCUCGACGAACGAGUUGAUCGCAGGUGCGGGCGUGUGGGAUGCUGCUCGUGGAAAGUGGAUUGUUCUUGGCACUCCUGGAUACACUCCGAGGAACGGCGCGUCGACGCUGACGCUUACUGCUGAUCGUGCUGCCUUUGCUGUCACGGGAUACUUUUCUGAGGUUGACGGCGUCGAGGUUGCCGUCAGCGCUGCCGUGUGGAUGGAUGGCAAGUACUGGCCCAUGGCGGCUGCCGACUCGGGUCUCUCGUGUGGCGGCAUCAUUGACUACAUCUCCGGCUUUUGCACGCUCGGAAAGAACGAGUCGCAACCGAUGCGGCUGACGAUGUCUUCACUCGCUUGGGCUGCCGGCGGCCACUCGCGCACUCUUGUUUACUCAGGCAACGCGCGCCUUGUGCCAGGUGUCGGCAAUUUGGAAGAUGCUGGCUUUCUCCCCUUUGCCGCCGCCGUCAAGUUCUCUGCAGCCGGCUCGCAGUGGCAGGGCCUCGUGCCCAAGGGCGAAGCCAAUGUGACCGGCAGCACCUUUGGCUGCCAAAACUUCUCGGGCAAGGAUCUUCCGCUUUCCCCGGUCGACAACGGCGAUUGCAACGCGCUCAUGCAUAACUCGUCGUUCAAGGCGCCGACCGGGGCCUGCUGCUCGUUUGUCACGCCGCCCGUCGCCUACGCCGAGUACUGCAUCCAGGAGUAUGGUGGUGGUGAUCUUACCGCCCUGCCUCUUCCGGGCACCUUGAACGGCUUCCUUCUCACCGGCGCCGCCCAUAUCAAUGGCGAGUACGCUACGCUUGCCAUCGGCGACGAUCUGGUGCCGCUCCCGGCCCUCCCAGACGGGGUCCCCUACCUCUCCGCCGACAUCAUUCCGGUCCGUAGUGAUGUCUCGGACGAGGUCAUCGGAAUCAUGGCCUUGUGGCUGGCGAGCGACGGCGCCCGGGCCUUUGCCUUCCUCGACGUCUCGCAGCGUGCUUGGUCGCGGGUCUACACCACUGCUCCUGGCGAGCUGUCCAUCUUUGCCUUGACUACUGUCCGUCUCCUGCCGCGGACGAACACCAUUGUGGCUUCUGGCAUCCGCGAUGCGGACCACCAGGACGGCCCGCAGGGCAUCAUCCUCAUGUACUCGGAGCCCAUCGACAUGUCUGCGUCGACCGCACCGCCGGUCGUGGGCGCCUGGCUCGAUACCCCGUUCUCCACCCUCCGCGCCAGCUCUCAGCUCGUCUACGCCUCGAACGGCUUUGUCCCUCGCUUUGUCCUCUCGCACACCGCCCUCCUUGACGCCCAUAUCCCGCCGUUCUGCGGAAAGCCGCCACCGUCGGUCUAG